AUGGAAGGGCGUUAUCAGAUUCAGGAAAAGAGGGAAACUAAGCCCGAGGUUUAUCGGCCAUUUAAAAUCAUUGAACGGAUUGGCAAGGUAGCCUAUCGCCUCGAGUUACCAGAAGAAUUGACUGGAAUACAUGGCACGUUUCAUGUAUCACAACUGCGAAAAUGUCUAGCGGAGGAAACAACUUAUAUCCAUUACAAUGAUAUCGAGGUGGAUAACAACCUGAAUUAUGCGGUAAGGCCAUUAGAGAUUCAAGAUCAAAAAGUUAAGCACUUGCGAAAUAAGAGAAUUGAUCAAGUUAAGAUCAAGUGGGAGCAUAGGAAAGCUUCGGACACUACAUGGGAGUCCGAAGAGGAGAUGCAACGUCUCUACCCUACACUAUUCGUUGUUGGUUCAACCGCCUCUGUUUUGGAGGUAGUUUUUAUGAUAAUGGUUGAUAUAAGAAGUUUGACGUAUACGAUGUCUUAUAUGGUGGUUGAUGGGUUAAAAAUAUAUUUGAUUGUUCAGGAAAUAUUGGUAUUGCACAUGUGCAAAGUUUGA